AGGAGGGGGCGCAGCGGAGAGGAAAGAAACUGGAUGGCUUCUACGGUGAGCCUGGGUAAAGAAACAUUGUUGGAAGAUGGAAUGCCACCUGCAAAAAAGCCCAGGAAGCUGUUGCCAAGCCUCAAAACCAAGAAGCCUCGGGAACUUGUUUUGGUGAUCGGGACAGGAAUCAGUGCAGCAGUUGCUCCCCAGGUCCCAGCGCUGAAGUCUUGGAAGGGUUUAAUCCAGGCCCUCCUGGAUGCUGCUAUUGACUUUGAUCUCCUGGAAGAUGAAGAGAGCAAACGGUUUCAAAAGUGUCUCCACGAAGACAAGAACUUGGUUCACGUUGCCCACGACCUCAUCCAGAAGCUGUCUCCGCGCACAAGCAAUGUUCGCUCAACCUUUUUCAAAGACUGUUUAUACGAGGUGUUUGAUGACCUGGAAUCUAAAAUGGAAGAUUCUGGGAAGCAGCUGCUCCAGUCUGUGCUUCACUUAAUGGAAAACGGGGCACUUGUGUUAACCACAAACUUUGAUAACCUGCUGGAACUGUACGCAGCACACCAGGGCAAGCAUCUGGAGUCUCUUGACCUGACUGAUGAAAAGAAGGUGCUGGAGUGGGCGCAAGAGAAGAGGAAGCUUAGCGUCCUUCAUAUCCACGGCGUUUACACCAACCCCAGCGGCAUAGUGCUCCACCCGGCCGGCUACCAGAACGUGCUGCGCAACACGGAGGUCAUGCGAGAGAUUCAGAAGCUGUAUGAAAAUAAGUCAUUCCUGUUCUUGGGCUGUGGUUGGACUGUUGAUGACACCACGUUUCAGGCCCUGUUUCUAGAGGCUGUGAAGCACAAGUCAGACCUGGAGCACUUCAUGCUUGUCCGGAGGGGAGACGUGGAUGAAUUUAAGAAGCUCCGUGAGAACAUGCUGGACAAAGGGAUUAAAGUGAUUUCCUACGGAGAUGAAUACGCAGACUUGCCCGAGUACUUUGAGAGGCUGACGAGCGAGAUUGCCAUGCGGGGUCGAACAGGUGUGCCUAAGGAGGGACAACAGCUGAACGGCUCUGCUGCUGCCCACCCCGAGAUAAAAGCAAAUAACACUGAGGGCAGCAGGCAGGAGCCAGGCAGGAGCACGCUGCCUUCCUUCCUUCUCCGGCCAUGAUUAGCACUAUCGGACCAAACUGCCGCAGCUCUCCAGCUCCUGCCUAAACACGCGGUGUCCGAGUACCCUGCUGCGGAGUCCCGGUGA